UACCUCCUCCUCAACAACAGCCACCGCCACCUCCUCAACAAAUGUAUCAAGGACCUCCACCACCACAUCAUCAGAUGUUUCAAGGAGGACAUCCGGUUCCUCCAGGACCAGGACCUGGACCUGGAGGAAGAGGUGUACCGAUGUAUGCUUAUGGACCUAAUAUGGGAUUCGGACCACCUCCACCUGGAUAUGGAGGAACGAAUGGUGGAGGGAAUGGGAAUACAGGAAGCUCAAUGGUGGGUACGGCUAAUGGACCUAAUAAUGGGAAUCAUGGAAAUGGGAAUGGGAAUGGACAGUUUGAUCAAGGAGGAGGAGGACCACCACCACCACCGCCAACUGCUCAGUAAGAUGAGAGUGUGUUUGGUUUAGUGAGGUUCUGGAUGGGCUUGAUGAAUACCAUGACUAGCUUAAUAAGACAAUUAUGGUUACUUUGACGAUCGGAAUGAUUGUAUUGAUGAUCACUAGAGGUGGUUGGAAAAAGUUUUGAGAUGGAUUGGAGAUUGGUUGAAGAUUGGUUGAAGAUUGGUUGAGGUUUUUUUCUUUGGUAAGAAAAUCAAAUCAAUGAAAUUAUGGAAAGUUAUUAUUUUUUAUAUGGUAUGAAAGAUAUAUUUUUUGUGUGUGUU